UAGAGUACAACAGCUGGACAGUCAAUAUCAAGCCCACUGUUGAGACUCGGCGCAUCAGACCGAACACGUUCACGUCUCUUCCUCUUUCACACUAUCAGAACAGACGAGAGUGGCAUCUAUUUGUCCGAAUGUUUUAUAGUUGGAGAAAACCCAUGAGGAAUUCACAGCAGGACAAUGAGAUGAGCGCUACGGAUAGCUGUGUGCUUUAGUACGACGACACUCUUCUGCAUACUAAAGAUUUCCAAAUCCCACAGAGAUGUCUGGAAUGGACGGAUCACUGGAUGAGAUAAACGGCACUGAAUUUGACAGCGAGACUGUCCUGAGAUUCAGCCCUACAUCGGUUUCAACAGGGGCGGCCACUGUCUUAUACAGCCGGACUGCGAAUGUGUAUGUCUACAUCUCCAUCUUCCUCAGCUUGCUGCUCUUCCUGCUUACCCUGUUAAUCAUUGCUCUCCACAGGCUAAAGAACCUCAUUUCUUCCAGUUCUUCUUACCCAGAAUGCAGCAGUGAGGCGGGAAGCUCCUUCACUAAUAUGGAGAUCUGCAGCGUUUCCUCACAGAGAUCAGCUGUUUCAUCACUGUCCUGCUAAAAGACUGACAGAAAGAGAGAGCUUUAUCACACUCAUCUGUGAAUUUAUUUUGAUCUUUUAUAAUUCUUUAAGCAUUUUAGAUGUGAUUUGGUAUACAUAGGUAAAUAUUUAUCAUCAUUAUUAUGUGUUGUUAAUAUUUUAAGAUGCCAUUAAAUAAUUUAGUAAACAAUGUAAUACACAAUUAAAAUGAUUCCUUUUAACAACCACAGACAGAUUAAAAUUUAAUAGGUCUAAAGAAUCAUUAUGUAAGUCUUGUAUUACAAUUUUGAAACAUUGUAAUACCUUUUGCAUGUACAUAAUAUACUGUAAAUAGUUAAAACUGUCAUACUGACAUAUUUCAAUAAAGUAUGCAUUGAGA